AUGGCAUUGCUGCAGCCUCGAAACAAAUACGUCACCCUGAUCUCGGGCGAUGGCUUCGAAUUCGUUGUCCUCCGCGAGGCUGCCAUGGUGAGCCCCAUCAUCAAGGGCAUGCUCGACGUGAGGAGCCAGUUCGCCGAAGCUCAAUACGCACGCUGUGUGUUUCAGGAAAUAAGUGGCAUGGUCCUUGACAAAGUGGUCGAGUACUUUCACUAUUGGUACCGUUACCGCAAUAGUGACGAUGUACCUGACAUGGAUAUCCCCGUGGAGUUGUGUCUGGAGCUGUUGGCUGCUUCGGACUACUUGGGCUUGGACCAGGCCAAUAUGAACAUGAAAUGA